AUGGACGCGCUUGGAUUUGGGAAUGGAUUUAGCGGCUUCUGGAAGUGGAAUCCGUCACCGGAAUCUCGACGGCGUCGUAUUCGCUCUAAUUCGACUUCGCCUGGUUCCGUCGUCGGGGGUGGUUAUCAGUUCCCGGUGAAGCAGGCGAUAACCGCCGCCUCACUCGCCCUUACUGGUGACACAAUUGCUCAGAUCAGUAACCGGUGGAGCAAAGCCAAAGAGACUGAUGAAAAUGCAUCUCAGGAUGUAUUGUCGAGGCUUCUUUCAGAACACGAUUUGUUACGUGCUCUGCGAAUGACUUCCUAUGGAUUCCUUUUCUAUGGUCCUGGUUCGUUUGCUUGGUACCAGUUGCUUGAUCAUUGUCUCCCCAAACCAAAUGUCCAGAACCUAAUGCUAAAGGUUUUACUAAACCAGAUUGUGUUGGGUCCGUGUGUCAUUGCUGUUGUCUUUGCAUGGAACAAUUUAUGGCAACAGAAGCUCAAGGAGCUUCCAGAAAAAUACAGAAGAGAUGCUCUUCCAGCUUUACUUUAUGGGUUUAGGUUUUGGGUCCCUGUCAGUGUGUUAAAUUUCUGGGUGGUGCCUCUUCCAGCUCGAGUAGCUUUUAUGUCAAUGGGCUCAAUAUUUUGGAAUUUUUACCUAUCAUCAACUAUGAACAAGUAA